AUGGCCGUUUUUUAGACAGUGUGUGACAGAAUAAAUCCAGCUGGGGAGAGACCCGCGCCAUGCCUUCCAAUUCCAAACAGGUGCUUGUGGGCCGGAGUCGCCUACUGUCGGGAUGAAAGCAAAGGCCAACAGUUCAAACGCAUUGUAUCCAUUAGUAGCCAGUGAAGCGUUAGUAACACAUUUGGCCGACGUUUAAUUUAACAGCCGCUUAAAUAGAAGAGGUGUUUACCUUUCGCAGCUGAGUGUCUACUUUAUUGAAGUGUCGGUACUAAAGUGUGUCACGUUAAAGGGCGUGUACUUAGGAAAGGAGCCGUAAAUCUUUUGAGGACAAGAUGCGCUCUUCAGUCGAUCAUUAUCUUCCCGCAACAAACUGACCCGUGUCAAGACGCACAACCACGAUGCUGACUUUACUCCAGCUGAUAACUGUAUUAUUGUUGACCAGCAUUAGCUCCCCUGAUGCAGAGAAAGUCUUCCACAGUCGGGAUCAUUCCGAUCUACAGAUCCCCUCCUCUCACCAAGCUGAGCUCAUAACAGACAAGGAGACUGCAGAGCUAUUUCUCUCAAGAUAUGGCUUCAUAAGACCAGUGAACUGGGACGAGGUCCAGUUUGAAGAAACAACAGGCAUUUCUAACGAUGAAGACUUCACUGGCGAGGAAGACUUCCUAUCUGGGAUACAGGAGGGAGACUCAUCACUGUCACGUGCAGAGACAGAUGAUGAAGAUGAUGGUGAAGAUGAAGACUCUCCAAACCCCACUGAAAGCCAAGCCUUCAUCUCAGCUCUCAGAGAGUUCCAGAAGGUGUCCGGCCUGUCUGUCACAGGGGUGUUUGAUGACGCCACCAAGGUUGCCAUGAACAAGCCUAGGUGUGGGGUCCCGGAUAAGGAGACUGAAAUGGAUGCUACUGAUGACGCACACGACUCCACCAACCUCCAAGCCCUCCUACCACUGCUACUGACAGACCCACCAGAGCCCUCUCCUACCACUGCUACUGACAGACCCAUCAGACCCCCUACCACUGCUACUGACAGACCCCAUCAGAGCCCUUCUACCACUGCUACUGACAGACCUCAUCAGCAUCAGAGCCGCCUGGUUUCACUGCUGUCCAAGCGGAGGCAGAAGAGACAUGUGAGGAGACAUGCAUGGGGAAACAUGGCCUUCUCCAAAAUGGUGCUGAAGUGGAGGCUGAUAGGAGAGGGCUACAGCAGUCAGCUGACCAUACAGGACCAGAGACAUAUCAUCAGACUGGCCUUCAGGAUGUGGAGCGAGGUGUCUCCCCUGGAGUUCGUAGAGGACACACUCUCUCCCCUGGAGGAUGUAGACAUCAGACUGGGUUUUGGCACAGGGAGACACUUGGGAUGCAACCAGAAGUUUGAUGGUACUGGACGGGAGUUUGCCCAUGCAUGGUUCCUGGGAGACAUUCACUUUGAUGACGACGAACAUUUCACUGCACCUAACACUGGCAGUGGGAUCAGCCUGCUCAAAGUGGCAGUGCAUGAGAUAGGCCAUGUCCUGGGCCUGCCACACAUCUACAGGACUGGUUCCAUUAUGCAACCCAGUUACCUGCCCCAGGAAUCGGGCUUUGAGAUAAACUGGAUGGACAGGAAGGCCAUACAGCACCUCUAUGGGGGCUGUAAGGGUCAGUUCAACACAGUGUUUGACUGGAUCAGGAAGGAGAGAACCCAGUACGGUGAGGUGGUGAUUCGUUUCAACACCUACUUCAUGAGGGAUGGCUGGUACUGGCUCUAUGAAAACAGGACCAACCGGACCCGCUAUGGUGACCCGGUGGCACUUCAGGUGGGCUGGCACGGCAUUCCCACCGACGGGGUGGACGCAUGUGUUCACGUGUGGAACAGGAACACUGAUGCUGUCUACUUCUUUAAAGGCACCCAGUACUGGGAGUAUGACGAUGGCAAAGACCAGGUGUUGACAGUGGACCCUGAGGGACACCGCUACCCUAGACUCAUCUCUGAGGGGUUCCCAGGGGUGCCCAGUCCAAUAGACACAGCUUUCUAUGACAGGAGGGACUCAUAUAUCUACUUCUUUAAGGGCACUAAUGUGUAUGCGUUCGACGUGACAGCCAACAGCUUGGCCCCAGGCUUCCCCAGGAAGAUCACAGCUGUGUUCCCUGCAGUGGUGCCUGGGGAUCACCCAGGCGGUAACAUAGACGCCUCCUACUUCUCCUACACGCACAACGCUGUCUUUCUGUUCAAGGACGCACAGUUCUGGAGGGUGGCGGCGGCGGGGAGGAGCAGAGACCGCUGGAGGAGACCGUCGCUGCCACACAACGGCCUGAUGCCACACAGGGAGGUGGGGGAACAGUGGUUUGACAUUUGCAACGUUCACCCCUCGGCCCUGAAGGUGGCCCGCCGCUGACAGGAGGGUUAUGACGGUAUUGUGGGAUUAGGGGAGUCUGGACCCAGAUCUGUUUGCACUCUUACCAACGCCCUGGUACUGUGGGAGGAGCUAGGGGAGUCUGGACCCAGAUCUGUUUGCACUCUUACCAACGCCAUGGUACUGUGGGAGGAGCUAGUGGAGUCUGGACCCAGAUCUGUUUGCACUCUUACCAACGCCAUAGUACUGUGGGAGGAGCUAGGGGAGUCUGGACCCAGAUCUGUCUGCACUCUUACCAACGCAUGGUACUGUGGGAGGAGCAGACUGGCCCUCCAGCUAUGAGAACAGAGUUCCCAGAGUGACUGCUGUUUGCACAGUAAACUGACUUACAGUGAGGCGGAAAAAGUAUUUGAUCCCCUGCUGGUUU